AUGGAUCUAGCAGAAUCAAGCGAGUUUCUUACAGAUCUAUCUGGACUUGUUGAAGAUCCAGUUUUAUUGACCAAAGUAACAAAGGAAUUGGAUUAUCAAGCUCUUGCCUUGGCCUCCGCUGCAUUUUGCGUCAACCAACUUCGAGAAACUAAAGCAUCCUCGCAAUUUUCUUGGAAGGAUUAUUUGAGGAAACGCCAUGAAGACAGACGCAAUCUUACCGAAAUGAAACUAACCAAAGUAAAUCAGGCAUAUUCGUUUACCAUGUCGACAGCUGUUUUAUUGGCUGUCGAGACCUUUGCAGAGGCCGACUAUGUUUUAAAACAUGCGUUUACUUUCCAGAAAUUUUGA